GUCACGAGGUUUUGUUGAUACCAGAGCGAAAGCUCCGCCUCUGAGCUACCAAAACAAACCGGCGCAAAAUACCGGCAUAUUGUUGCCCAUCUCAGCGACUAUUCAGCGAUCGUUUUAACCUAUUCAUACAUACUGGAUAACAUUUUUUAUUGUGAUAUGAUUCUACCAACUAUGAACAACCAAACAAACUAAGAUGUCGGGAAAUCGUCGGCUUGCAAAGAGGUCUAUUGUUGGUACGAAAAUCUGUGCCCUGUGGAAAGAUGGGAGAUUUUAUCCUGGGGUAAUUACAGAUCAUUCGGGCGAGCCGAGCAUUGCCGAAGAGACAAAAUACACCGUUGUAUUCGAUGACGGAUUUCAAAAAAGUGUGUAUUCACGGCAUAUUAUUGGACAAGGGUUUCAUUCGAUCAAUUCCUUCCGCUUAAAAAAUGGCCAGAAAGUUUUUUUGACGAUGCACGGCCGAGAGGUCGCCGGGGUAGUCGUCCAACACGACACCGACAGCGACAACGUCGUCGUGAACGUCAGACUGCAGAAUGGGGAGGGAAUGGAUCUGGAGGUCCGACCGGAUGACAUUCGUCUUUUACCGAGCCGGAAAUCGGCACGACUUGUGGACCAAGACACGGAUUAUUCCAAGCUGGCGGACGUCUCCGUCAACGAGCCCCGGAAACGACCGGUGUCUCACGUCAUAGACGUACCCAACGUCAGCGCUCAACGAUACCGACGAUCGUCAUCAGACCAGGAGGAAGAUGACGUCAGAGGUGAAGACGUGGAGAUGAUGGACGAGACCAUUGCGGCGAUGGUGCUGACCAGUUUAUCCUGUAGUCCUGCGUCUCCACAGUUUCAGGGAUCCUUUACAGAUAAUAACUUCAAAUUCAAUGCCCUCUCAAGCAGUGCUAAUAGCAGUGGGUUCCAUUCCGAGCGGAGCGACCCCUCCCCACCCUCGCUGCAUCUCAGUGAGAGCGCACCUGUUCGCUCCUCUGGGGGCUUCACAGUGGGCUCUUACAACAGAGAUGACGAGAUUGAGAUUGAUUUUGACGAGGAAAAUGUCGACGUGGACACGGUGGAGAAUAAACGAAAACGUCAGACAAACAGACGGUUGAGGUACCAGUGCACGUUUCCUGGAUGUGGUCAGGUGACAGACACGUGUCCUAGUAUUGAGAAGCACGUACGGCUAGCCCAUCUGGGUUGCAAUGAAUCCGAUGAUAGUCGGUCGGACGGCGAGGAGGAAUUUUAUUACACGGAAAUCGAGGGUAAUGUGGAUAACGUCACCCAGAAAUUCUCACAGAUGUGCACAUCAUCCCCACCGGAAGUCCACGGUCAUCUGUCUCCCGCCCUUCCUGUACCAGAUCACGACUAUCAGAAAAAGGACCACAGCAUUAAAUCGCAGGCCUCAUCAGUGCCAUCUAGCGGUCUCUUUCAUCAGGGGUUAUCGCCAAUCUCUUUUUCGAACCCUCCCCAGAUGAAGAGAUCAAUGUCCUGGCAGAGCAAUGCGCAUGCGCCAUCAAUUUCCAUGCAUUCGCUUUCGCCUCCGAUCCGAGUGACCAGACCAACACCGCACGAACGGUUACAACAACACCAGGCGCAGUCUCCGAAAUCACAUCUUUAUUCUGUAUCCCCCAAAACGGGCGGAUUUCACAAGAAGCCGCGCAGCGAAGUCCGGAAAUGUCGGAAGGUGUACGGCAUGGAGAACAGGGACCAAUGGUGUACUCAGUGCAAGUGGAAGAAAGCCUGCUCUAGAUUUGUCGACUAAAUCACACGCGCAUAAUGACGCCAUAUUGUCGUCAUAGUUGUACUUUUCAGUGAUAUUUACUGCUGUUCCUCGGAUAUACAAUACAACAAAGGAGUAAUUUCCACUGCAUAUUCCAAGAAAUGUCUUUCCUAUUCCAGGUCAAAUUCAUGCGACAGUUAUUGUAUGAGUAAAGGCAUCAAUAAAAUUUUGCAAAAUGUACAGUCAAGGUACUUUCACUUUGAAGAUAAAUGAUGAUCAACGUUUCUUUGCCGAAAUGUGUCAAGUUGUAGUAGGAAAGCCCAUCGCAAUCUAUGUUUAAUGCACUGUAAUCUCUCUCUCUCUCUCUCUCUCUCUCUCUCUCUCUCUCUCUCUCUCUCUCUCUCUCUCUCUCUCUCUGAUAUAUAAUCUGAUAACCCUUUUCAAUUUAUUGUACUAUCACUGAUUUUAAUUAUUGUAUUCAUGAACAAUACAUAAUAAUUUUCAUUUCACUGCUGUAAAUCAGUGUAAAUUCUUGUCAGACGAAAUCUCAGGUUGUAUUUUAUUUUAUGUUGAUGAUGCAGUGCUUUGAAUUUUUAAUGAUGAUUUGACAUUAUGCAUGUAUGAUUGCAUCAUAGAUAUACUAACUUACAUGACGUGUGCUAUAUCGUGUGUGCCUGUUGAAGUCUAUAACUCUUCAAAGAGAUAUGAGGUAUAUGAUGCUUUAUAUAUUUUUUUUUUGUUUAGACAAUACCUGUUCCCGAUGAAAUUAAGUAUUGGUCUCGGAUUCGACAAUUUUUUAUCGAUAAUUUAUUGUAAAAUACAAUUGUAGCACGUAUUUUGUACAGGAAAUCAUACAAAAAGUAAAUAAGUGAUGGAAUUACACAGCCAUCUGUGAGGGUCGCUAGAUAAUAAAAAAAAAUAUUUUACUUCAAAUAUAUCCAGUUUUCUUUUAAACCUUCUUGUUUUUCAGCAGUUGAAUCGAUCUCAUUGUUUUAUCAGAUGGAUGGGUAUAGUGUCGUGCAAUUUUAUUUUUAAUCCUUUGUAGCGAGUAGAUGUAUUUUAGACAUCGAUAAACUACGUGUACGUUACUCUUGUAUAUACAAACUCUAUUUACCAUAACCUAUACAUAUAUAUUUGUCGUCUUUCAUCAAGUAUCACCGGUACUUUGUGGGAUUGUAAAUAAAUGAUAUAACAAUAAAAUAUUCCAUUUAGACGGUUA